AAGUUGCUUAUUGACUAUGGAGCCGAUACGGACCGCUUAGGAGGCAAUUACGGGACAGCGCUCCAGGCAGCAGUCACAGCAGAGACUGAUACGAGUCACUACCCACGAGAACGGGACUUUAUGAUAGCAGAAGCAUUUCUCCAGCUCGGUGCCAAGGUGGACACAGUUGCUGGCCAAUUCGGGACAGCACUUCAAGCUGCUGCUUACGACGGCAACUUAAAGACUACAGAGCUGCUACUUGACCAUGGCGCGAAUAUCAACCUAAAAGGAGGAAAAUACUGCACGCCAUUACAAGCUUCAGUAGCGCCUCGCGAAGCCCGAUCUUCUAGUUUGGAACUCGUACAAUUACUAAUCAGCCGUGGCGCCGACCCAAACAUUGUUGGCGGAAAAUACGGCACGGCUUUGCAAGCAGCUGUGCUCCAAGGGUCCCCAAAGUUCGCAAAAAUCCUUCUACGUACAACGCGGAUCCUAAUAUUACCGGGGCCAAGUUGCUUCGUCGAUUCUCUGUACGGCAUUCGGGUUAUGUCUGGGUCAUUACCAGACGCAAAAUGCUCCAUGGAGCUCGUAAAACUAUUGCUUGAUGGAGGUGCAGACGUAAGCAUCCCUGGCGGCAUAUAUGGAACACCACUCCAAGCCGCAGCCUUUCGGUCUCGUUCAAUUGAACUCGUAGAGCUUCUCAUGAAAUACGGUGCUGAAGUCAAUUCCAAAGGGGGAACUUAUGGCACCGCACUGCAAUCCGCUGCUUUCAGGUGCAAAGACAUCAACGUAGUCAGGCUUCUUGUGGACAGAGGCGCUGAGGCUAAGGUUGCCACCGGAAAGUAUUUUACUGCUCUCCAAGCUGCGGCUUUCCGAUGUACAGACUUGGCAGUGCUCGAGUUGCUUCAGAGCCACGGCGCCGACGUCCAUGCCGUCGGUGGGAAGUAUGGAACUGCUCUCAAAGCGGCCACAAUGUGGUUCGAAGACAAGAAUAAAACAACCUUUGCGGCGACAAAGCUUCUGAUUGGCAGCGGUGCAGAUGUCAACAUCAAAUCUGGAAAGUUUGGUAAAGCUCUUCAAGCUUCACUUGAGGUCGGCACUUCCCUUUACUUAAACAUUGACCUAAGUAUUCCUAAGCUUCUUUUAGAGUCAGAAGCAAACGUUAACGAGGAGGGCGGCAAGUAUGGCACGGCCUUACGUGCGCGUAUCGCCGAUCCGUAU